AUGGUCUUGACACUUCCUCCUAUGGUACGUAAGGCGCACUCCAAGUUCCUCUUCUUGAACAUGAUUGCAUAUGAAAUGGCUCCUAACACAGAUACUGACCUUGAGGUUAACAGUUACAUUUAUUUCCUGAAUUUACUCAAUAGUGGAGCCGACGACGUUAUUGAGCUGCGAUCUCAUAACAUAAUUUCUAACUCCCGUGAUUCCAAUGAGGGAGUUGCAAAAUUCUUCAACACUAUGACUUCUGCUGUCUCACAAGCCAAUUUUUUUAUCCUUGAUGACGUUUGUAAUCGAAUUGAAGAGCACUUCACUAGCAAGGCAAAAACUUGGAUGGCUCAAGUCCUGCAUGAUCAUUUCAGUUCUCCGUGGACUACUGUGGCUUUUUUAGCCGAAAUGUUUCUUUUUAUCUUAACCUUCACCCAAACCUACUUCCAAGUUUUCCUCGCUCUACAAACCAAAAGUAAACAGGAGUUUCAGAUGAGUCUCAUUGCCUCUUCUACAUUAUUAUGUCGAAACAAAUAA